AUUAUUCUUUAUGUUCAUAUUUAGCCUCAUCAUAAUCAUGACCUGUGCUAUCAUAGAAAACACCACGGCCAUCGCCAUCAUUCUACGCGUGCGUAUUCUCAGACAGACCCCUCAUAACAUGCUAAUCCUGAACCUGUGCGUGGUGGAUCUGGGCGUGGCACUUUUCAGUAUGACGUUUUCUUUGGUGUCCGUAUUUGACGAUGGGCGGUACCUCGAAGAGCAUAAGUUGCUAUGUAAGGUGACGGGUUUCCUGGCAAACUUAUUCACUUUUACUCAUCUUAUGACAAUUGUUGUCAUAGCAAUUGAUCGCGUUCUAAUCGUGACGUCAUUUAAGGCACUCCCAGACAGCCAUCUCAGAGUCUUCAUCAUGGUGGCCACAUCAUGGCUCAUCGGGACAAUUAUCCCACUGGCACCAGCAACAGAACUCUUAUCCAGCAUGAUUUACGUCAGUUCAACAAGACAUUGCACCAUCAAGUUAAACGCUGUGAAAUUUCGUAUAAUUUUCAUCAUCUUCAUAUUUUUAUUUGUGAUUCCUACUCUUGUAGCCUGCUACUCGUUCGUUGCUUACACCCUUUGGCGAAAGGGCCAAAUGCUUAAGGAAUGCCAGAUGUCCGGUCGAACACGAGGGAAGCGGGCUUGUAGGGUUGGUGCGGUUGAGCCAAGUCAGAACAGUGAAAGCAAACCAAACUCAAGCAAUAGCGUACCAGAGGAAGACAACGGCAAGAGGUGGGAUCCAUCUGACGUAAUGACCCCUACCGAUGAGGGCGUAUCACAUGAUGAAUCGUCAGGAAUGGUCAUUGAUGAUGAUUCUUUAGGAAUGGCCACUGACCAUGCUGACGACGAUGUCCUUGAAAGGCAUCGCGCAGAACGUCCUCACGUCUCGUUUCCAGACGUGCCAGGAGACACAGCAGUAGAACCUGGAAAGGUCUUAUUCUAUAAUCGCAAGGAAAGUCUCACAUCGUCCGUCGCUAGCAGUUCUUGGGUAGCUUCAGGACAGUACAACCAAAAACAACGGAAUGCCACUGGGAAGCGGACCAAGAAAAGAAAACGGUCGUUGAAAGUAAGAAAGAAGAACUACUUCAUCCAGAGAAGAGUUUCCAUUAUGGGAGCACUUCUUGUGCUGGCGUCGGGAAUCUGCUGGACACCAUAUGUGCUAGUUCGAACCAUAGACCACAGCGUGAAUGACGCCAUAGGAGUAUUUGCAAUGUGGUUGGCAUAUUGUAUCACGGUCAUAGAUCCUGUCAUAUACGCCUUCAUGAAUCAGCAUGCGAGGAAAGAACUUAUUAGGUACAAGAACAUACUAUCACGGAAGAUAUCGAAAUGACCACCACACGAUCUUGAUGUCACCAGAAUCAGCGGCUAUCGGGGUGACGUGAUGGACAAUAUGCGGCAUUAAUGAUUGGUCAAACCAUGGACCUACUACAACAUGGUCAAACUGACUAUCCAUUUAGUGAAUAUGAUUAUGUCCUGCAAAAUUAACGGCAAAAUCAACUCAAAGUUUGGUAGAUUGUAACAUUGAUUGGGCUGGUAUUGAUAUUUAUUUGGUUGGACAUUCUUUACCAACACAUAGGGGUUUUUUUACGAGUAGUUUUAAAGAAUGCAGUUCAUUCUUCAACUAGAUUACAGUCAUGUAUAGUUAUAUUGUUUGGAAGCCAAACCAAUUUUAGAUUUUGUUUCUUCUGGAUUCGCAUUCAUUCUAUACAUAUUUGGAAAUAUUUGCACAAUUGAUCAAAUCAAAUCAAAAUAUGUGACUUGGUAGAGUCCUCAAAAAACGUAAAUGCAAUAUGAUGUUAAAUAUUAUUACAAUUCCCUUUUUCAAAACUCGAGACGUAUUCUUGACAUUAUCAUUGUAACAAUGAUUAUAUGGGUACUUGAUUGCAGAUUGAUGUCCAUUGAAGGUUGAUGGUUCUUGUACGUUGUUUUGUUAUUAAUGAAUAAGAGCCAUCUUGAAAUUAACUUUCAAAUCUGCUUAAGAAUAGGGUAAUGAGCGUGAGGAUAGGAAAGUAAAACUCAACUUUAUUAUUUCGAACAUUAAGUGGCAUACAUAAAUCCAAUUAGAUAGGUCAUUAGUCAUUGAUCAUCCAUUCAAUCAUCAUAAUCAUGGUGAUUAUCAUGAUUAUUCUGUUGUGACAUGGUGGCUCAGUGGUAUAUACUUAAAAAAAAAUGACGUUCUGCCUUUUUGCUAGGCGCUUAGCAUUUAGAUUGGAGAAGGGUAAUAAUAACAUGUUAUGUUAUGCAUGGCCCGCUGGAAGAACA